UGAACGUCAAGAGACAUACGUCAUCAGCAUCGUCUUCAGAUGAUCCAGCAUGGCGGCGGUCAAGAGACUGAAACGCGUGGCCGCGUCGCAGCCAGGAUUCAUGUCUUUUAAAUCGUCGGCCGGUUCAGAUGACUUGAACAGUGGCCAGAGAAAGCGUGUGAAUAAGAAUAAGAAAAAAAAUUGGAACAAACACAGUGAUAUUCAAGAUGUUUUAGAGUUUUUGGAUGACGUGAGACUUCAGGAAAGAGCUACAGGAGGACUGAUAUCUGAGAAGCCAGAUGAUAGUCUGUUCUUUGUGGACAUCGGAGAACAGAGAAAAUAUGUCCAGCCAGUCCAAGAGGGAAAGAAGGGAAAGAAGAAGUCAAAGUCGCGGCCCUUGAGGAUAGACCUAAUCCUGCAGCAUGACUCCCUCGUCCCUCCACCUAAAGAUGUUUUGGCCCACCAGCAACCGAAUGCAAAGAAACUCCGCCGCAUUGCAGAGAAUGCAGAGAAAUUGGCGGCCAUGGGUGUGUUACCACGGAGACUGAAACGGCUCUUGAACCGCAGACCUGCAAUUACAACGUCAAAAUCAAAAACGGAGGCCAACAACUUCCCAGACAGACCCUAUUAUGAUCUGUGGGGAGGUGAUGCCAAAGAGACAGCCGAUCCUUACUACCUUGAGCAAACAGGGAAGAAGCGUGUGAAGCGACCAGAGAAGCUCAACUCAAAGCCCUCUGUUCUCCCGGCAGUGGAGGUCAUAGCCCCUGGAGGCUCCUACAACCCAGACUUCUUCUCCCAUCAGGCCUUGUUACUAGAGGCCCAUGAGGUGGAGGUGAAGCGGGAGAAAGCGGAGCUGAGAAUAGAGAGACAGCUGGCUGUCAACCGAGAGGAUACCGCCACUGAGGUACAACAACAGUACACCCCUCCCCCUGCCUCUCAACUGUCAUUGUUUCACAAUUCAGACCUGUAUGUGGUCUGUCCAGCUCAAUUUUGCCUGACCUUCCUCUCUGUUUCUCUGCAGGAGACAGUCUUCCAGGAACAAGUGGAAGGGCUCGUGGAAGAGGAUGAAGAUGAUGAUGAUGAGGAGGAAGAGGAGGUUUCUAUUCGUGGCGGCUUGCAGCAGGAGAAAAAGACGGAGAAAGAAAGGAGGCGACAGAGAGCCGACAAGAUAAAGUCGCAACAGAAGCAGGCAGCGAGGGCGUUCACUGACAAGAAGCAGCAGCUCUUCCAGCUGCGCUCCAUCCAGGCGACCCUGAAGAGUCUGGAGCAGCAGACUAGAGAGAGGGUGGCCCAGCGCAAGGCCAACCAGGAGGCAGAGAAGUCCAUGCCCCGACGUCUCGGCAGACUCAAGUUCCAGGCUCAGGAUCUAGAGGUCCAGCUAAGUAAUGAGAUUCCUGGAUCCCUGCGGACACUCAAGCCAGAGGGCAGUGUCCUCAAGGAACGCUUCAAGAGUAUGCAGAAGAGGAACAUGAUUGAGCCCAGAGAACGAGCCAAGUUCAAGAGGAGACACAAGGUGAAGUAUGUUGAGAAGAGGGCCUUCAAGGAGAUCACCUAGAGACCAAACCAACCUAUGGAACUGUUCAAGACUGAUGUCACUAACAACACAGCAGCACCCACCGCUGAGUGACAGCCAGCCAGAGAGCUACUGUUUGCCCCAUCAAUUGUCAUCAAUCAACUCAGCCCAUGUUAAGUCAUGAUGGAUUUGCCACCUUUUUAAAUCUGUUGGAAAAUAUUGAAGUCCCCACGACUUGUAACAUUUGCCGUGCCUUGAUAUUUUCACACGUCUAUAUGGAACACGAACCAGCCCAACCCAGAUAGUGUUAUACAGAUUCAGGGUCGGUUCUAAUGCAUUUUGAGGUCAAAUGAGUUCAUUGGCAGGAUAUUUAAAUCCUCUGGGUCUGUCAACAUCAGUUGGGAACGUUAAAGGCAUCAGAAGGGUGCUCUCCUGUCUCUCCGUCCCAGUUGGUAAUCUUGUCUUUCGCUCUUGCCAAACCAAGAUUAAUGCCCUCAUUAGAAGGGGUGGAUGCCUGAGUGAAUACGCAAAGCAAUUAAUGACAGACUAACGUUUAAAACCACGUGUCAAGAGUUGGACUUGUGUGCGUUCUGUCAGUUACAUCUGUUGUGUACAAAAUCCCAUUAUUUGCCAUACUCUUGACUUGAUUUCAUUAAAGCAAGUUAAUUAUUGA